UCCCCGGGGGGGGCUCGGGGGGUCUAUAGGGGACCCCUGGAGCCGCCUGUGGGCAUCCCCGCGCCCUCUGACGUCACUACGCGAAGACGUGACGUCACCCAUCCCGGCUGUCGGUUCCCGCGGGCAUAGCGGGGGGUGUGACGUCACGGGGGGGGGGGUGGGUCAGUGACGUCAGGCGUUCCCGGCAGCCCUCGCGGCCAUGGCGGGGGGGGGUCCCUGGGCCCGGCUCGCGGCCGCGCUCGCGCCCCCCGCGCCGCGCCGGCCCCGCCCCUCGGCGCGUCAGCAGACGGAGCUGCUGCUGCUGCUGUUGGAGUCCCCGCGGGCGCUGUGCGGGGAGGGGUCCCCGGGAGCCGGGCCGGGGUCUCCGGAGGGUGCGGGGGACACCGGGGGGGCUCUGCUGGCGCUGCUGGCCGAGCCCCCCGGGGCUCCCGGGGCCGCCCCCCGGUGGCUGCUGCUGCUGGCGGCCGUGACGGCGCUGGCGGCCCGCGGGGACCGGGCGGGGCUGGCGGCGCUGGCGGAGCUGCUGCAGCGCCCCGGGGCCGCGGGGGGGGCCCCGGCGGCGGCCGCGGAGGUGCUGCGGGAGCUGCGGCGCCUCGGGACCCCCGGGACCACCGGGACCCCCGGGAGCCUCCGGGACUGCCCCGCGCUGCAGCCGCUGGUGCUGCUGCGGGCGGAGGAUCCAGCGGAUCCCUGGGGAGAGGCGGGGCCGGAUCCCGGCGCAGCCUUCGGCCUCGCUCCGGCCGCUCGGGCGCAGCUCCCGCGGUUCGGGGGGGGCGCUGCCGGGGCCCCCCCGGUUCUGGCGGCGGCGGAACCGGCCCCGGUGCAGGCGGCGCUGCUGGGGGGGGGUCUCGGUGCGGGGGUCGCGCCCCGGUUGGCGGCGCUGGCGCUGCACCCCGCGCUGCCCCCCCCCGCUGCGCCUCUUCUUCCUCCUCUGCCUCCUCCAGGGGGGGGACCCCAAAAACCCCGGCGGGGACCCCAAAACCCCCCCCCCGCUGCCCCCCGCCCUGGCGGCCGCGCUGUUCCCGGGCCCGGGGGGGGCGGCGGAGCCCCCCGAGAUGUUCCUGCCCCGCUUCGAGGCGGCGGCGGCGAUCUGCGGCGGGGGGAGCCCCCUCCCCAAAAUGCCGGGGGGGCGCGAGUGGCUCUGGGGGCUGGUGGCGUUUUUGGGGGGGGGUCCCCCCGUCCUGUUCUGCCGGGCCGCGCUCGCCUACGGCCGCCGCUGCGGGGGGGUCCCCGGGGCGGAGUUGGGGGCGGCGGCGCGGCGGUUAUUGGGGGGGGGUCACCCCGCCGCCCCCCCCCACCUGCUGGAGCUCGCCAAGGUUUUGGGGGGGACCCUGGGGGGGGAUUUGAUGGCGCAGGUCCUGCGCGCCCCCCCGCCCCCCCCGGGCACCCCCCAGCUCCGGGGGGUGCUGAAGGUGCUGCGGGACCCCCCCGCGGAGGGGGAGCACCCCGGGACCCCCCCCAAACGCACCCCGGGGUGCGGCGGUACCUGCGGCGGGCGCUGGCGGCGGGGGGGGGCGGCUGGGGGGGGGCUCAGGGGGUGCUGAGCGCCGCCGCCCCCCUCCUGCCCCACGGGGGGGUCCCGCUCUGCGCCCCCCCGCCCCACCAACCCCCCGAUUUUGGGGUGGGGGGUGACCCGGACGUGCGGGACCGCGGCCGCCUCCACCGGGCGCUGGCGGCCGCGCUGGGCCCCCCCAAACUGGCCGCGGUUUUGGGGCCCCCCCCGCGCUGCGCCCCUCCGCCCCCUCCCCAAAACGGCCCCGGGGGGGGCACCGGGGGGGGCGCCCCCCCUCCCUGCUGCCCGCGCCCCCCCCUGCCGCCUGCGCUGCCUCCCCGCGCCCCCCCCCCCCGUUCCCCGCCCCCCCCGGGGCCCCCCAGGACCCCGAGGGUUGGGGGGCGGCUCUGCUGGAGGGGGGGGGUCGGCCCGUGCCCCUCCCCCUGCGGCUGCGCCUGGAGCCUCUGGGGGGGGCCCGAACCGAGGGGACCCCUCCCCAAAUCGGGGGGACCUCUCCCCAAAUGGGGGGGACCCCUCCCCAAAUGGGGGGGCCGCCCCCCCCCGUGCUGGCGCUGCAGCUGCUGCUGGGGGGGGGCGGGGGUCGGGCCGAGGGGGCGCUGGCGGCGCUGGGCGGGGGUCGCGGGGGGGCCGAGCUGA